UUCUUUAUACAUAGUGUAUAUCUCACUAAAUCCUUUUCUUUUCCAACUCAAACCUCUUUCUAUCUCAGUUUCACCCUCAAACUUCAAAAACCCUCUUUAACACUCUAAGCUCUCCAAGAGUACUCCUUUUUCAUCAAACUCAAUAUAUUUCCCACACACUCUUCCACACCAUUUUUUUCACACUUGCAAGAACUUGAAGAAAACCACAAAAAAAAAAUAAAAAAAAAAAUGGAGAAUGAGAAACAGCUACCACCACUAGUGGUAGAACAAAGUCAUUCUUCAUCAUCAUCAUCUUCAAGUAGUACACAUGGAUCCAUAGAGACAUUGCUAGUAGUAUUAGCAGUAAUAACAAUACUUGGUGUUGUUGCUGGUAUUAUUGCUAGGCUAUGUGGUGGUAGACAUUUUAGUGGUAAUGGUGAAGAUGAUAUUGAAGGUUGGGUUGAAAGAAAAUGUAGAAGUUGUAUUGAUGGUGGUGUACCUAAUACUACUUCAACACAAGAAGAAGAAGCUAAAAUACCAACACCUGCACCAGCACCAGCACCAGCACCUGCACUUGCACCUGCACCUGCACCAACAACGGUAGAAGAAGCAAAAAAAUAAGAGAAAAAUAGAACUAGUGAGGCUUUUCUUUUUUCUUUUUUCAUUUUUUGUUUUGUUUAUAACGGUAGUGUCUAGGUCAGGUUAUGAGCUUAUAAUAUGAGUUUGUAGAGAUUCAUAUGAUCGAUCCAACUUGUUUGGAAUUAAGACAGUUAUUAUUGUUGUUGGGAUGGUGGCUGGAGUGGAAGAUAAGUCUGACCAGAGAGUAAUUGUUGACUAUUAAUUUUUUUCUUCCCUCAAUGUGAAGUGAAAAAAACAGUUCUAUCUUUUCUUUUCUUUUUCUAGUAAAUAUGAGACUUUCAUUUUGAUUUAUAUAAUGACAUUGUUUGAAUCAAUUUGCCCGCA